AAGCAAGCAAACGGUUUCUAGGCAACAGCAAACAUUUCGGAUUAUAUAGUCUCGCGAUGUUGACAUACUGACGAACCAAUCAACAUGCAGAUAAACGAAAACAGUCAUUUCUGCAAGACCUGGGUGGAGCGUAGACAAGAGUGAAACGAAAGAUAAGGCGGAUUUUUUUGGGUAUCCAACUGCUAAUAAAGCUGAAUUUUUGUGUUUAAAACAAAUAAACUAAAUAGCUGCAGAAUGAAGACUCUAGUCGUUUUCGACUUCGAUCACACGUUGGUGGAUGGCAAUAGUGACACUUGGGUGAUCAAAUGUGCCCCCGACCAGUGUAUCCCAGACUGGCUGAAGGACUCGUACCAAAAAGGACGAUGGACUGAAUAUAUGGGACGUGUGCUCACCUACUUAGGAGAUAACGCAGUCAGUCGGGACACUGUACGGAGUGUCAUGGAAACACUGCCCUUCACAGACGGAAUGAUUGACCUGCUGAAGUUCAUCGCGAGUAACAAAAAUUGCAUAGACUGCAUAAUAAUUUCUGAUUCCAAUACCCUGUUCAUCGACUGGAUUUUACAAGCCGCCGGCGUGCAAACGGCUGUUGAUCGCGUGUUCACUAAUCCCGCCAGGUUUGAUGAACGGGGUUACAUGAUAGUGGAGUGUUUCCAUUCCCACGAAUGUCGGCAAUGCCCAGUCAACCUGUGCAAGAAUAAAGUGCUGGACGAUUUCCUAAAAAGUCAGUCGCAACACGGCGUUGAAUACCAUUUAAUCUGCUAUAUUGGCGAUGGUGGAAAUGACCUUUGUCCCGUAAAGAGCUUGAAGUCGAGCGAUUUGGUGCUGCCACGCAAGGGCUAUUCUUUGGAGAGGCUGCUGACGAAAUCCGAAUUGGAGUUACUGAAACCUCGAGUAGUGGUUUGGUCCGACGGCUUUGAAAUUAUGAAUGAAAUAACUGCACUAAUUGAGUAAUGUAUUCUAAAUGUAGACUGGGUGUGACUAAAUGAACGAGUAUUUUAAUGCACUUGUUGCACAAGGCUAGUAAAAUAUCUAGAAUCUUGACUUUUUGAAGUAGUUUGAGGUUUGUUGGAUACAAACACUACUUUACGGGGCACAAAUACUUAGUAAUGACUCAGUUACUGCUGAAGCACAAAUUAUGAACAAAUGCAGCCAUUACUUGAAAUAAAAGAUGCGUAAAGAUUCAGGUGAACAAACAUGAUCAGUAUUUCACUUGUGUUAUUCAUUAAUGGUUCCUUCAGUAGAUCACAAAGGUUUACGGAAUAAACAGAUAUAGUAACAAACAUAGUAACUACUUGGGAUGAAACAUGCAUCAUGAAUCAUUAAUGAUGAGCAAAUAUGAAUCAGUAUUUCACUUGUGUUGUACAAAACUUGUUCUGUUCAAUAGUUCUUUCAGUAGUUCUCAAAAGGUUUACAGAAUUAACAGAUAAAGUAACAAAUAUAGUAAUUGCUUGAGAUAAAACAUGCAUCACGAUUCAUUAAUGAUGAAUUAAUAUAAGAGCACUAUGUAUGUGUAAGUUUGUGAUUAAUUGAUACAUAAGUAAUAGCAUAAUACUAUAUUAUUUGUACCCCGUCAAGUAAAGUGUUGCCAACAGUUUUGUGAAGGGAACUGCAUAAAUUCAUGAAGAACUGUCUAUUGUAUGAUCAGAAUAUGAUGAUGGACAGUACUAUUUAGGAAGUUUUAUAUUGCCAUUUAUUCCUGCCAAUUGCUAUUGUGUUCAAUUUAAAAAAAAUGUCGAUAAUGUGCGUUAUUCUGUAUUCUGCAUUUUUGUAUGUUGAAACAAGUGUGUGUAUCGUGCAGAUAUUUUAAUAAUCCGAUCACCGUAUCCCGUUUACGGUACUUCUAAAGAAGGCAUUAAGGCUACAGAACAAGCCUAUAUACACCAUAAUCUUAAAGUGAAAGAAAUGUGUCGUUGUGUCUGUCUUUUGGAAAAAGGAGAAUUAUUUGCUGGUUAUAUUGGAAUCCAGUACUUCAUGAUACAAGGUGCUUUCAUGGCUGAAAAUAGUGACGGGAAAAUUGAAGCACUGACUCUCGUGAGUAACCUGUACAGACCCUAAAAGUACACAGGCUAAGUCAUGACUUACAGUACGAAGUAACUGAAAUAGGUGUUACCAGUGGUUCUCUUUAGAAAUAUUAGGGAAAACAGCCCUAAUAAGAGUGGAUCUGGUGGUAUAAUGGCCAAUGCCAGAGGUAAUUACUAUAUAUUUUAUUAUUUUUUUAUCCACACCUAUAGUUAAUAAAAUAUAUCAUUUUACGUA